AAAAUGUUAGGCAAAAAGUAGAGUUCAUGUGUUGGGUUCAAUCCCUUUAGCAGAUAUGAAUAAGAAAAGCCAAGCAUAAGUACUAAAAUCAUCAACAAAUUGAAAAGCUUAUUUUAAAUCAAUUUAAAUCCUUCCUCUUGUAUAAAAAGGGAACUGAUAUUUUAAUAGACUAUUUAUGUUCCUGUCGAUUUAGAUAUCGUCGGAGCAUAGACUAUUGAACAUGGUAACAUUAAUAUUGAUUAAGAUUCCAUUCAAAUAUGUCAUUCUCAAAGCAGCAUUAAAUAAAGAAGAUACAAACCCAUUAGUUUUGAUGAUCAUCUCAAAGAAAAGAAAUAAGUAGAAUUGUUAAAUGAAUUCAACAAAAAGGUUUAAAAAGAAAAAGAAAAACAGAAAAAGAAGGUCAAUGGUAAUUAUACAAUAAUUAUUACAAUCAGAUUUGCAAUAGAGUUUCGAUCGUGUUUUACCAUAAGAUAUCCAUAUCGCUGACGAGAAAAAGGUCAUUCAACCUCGAAAAAAACUUAGUUCUCAAUAAUACAAAAAAAGAAAGCUUGAUUGUAAGAUUUUUGAUAUAAUCAUAGAGAAAAAAAAAUAAGUGGGAAUCAAAGUUGUAUAUACGAAACAUGUAUACGAUUAAAUAUAGGAUAGUAUAAAUGAAAGUAGAAUAAAAGAAGUCCCAGAAUAAAUGAGCGAUGAUUCCCUUAAAAAUAAUAGUCUCCUUGCAGCAGAACUAAAAGUAAAGCCACAAAAGAAAGAAAUGAUUAUUAUUUCAUUAGAGGAUGAGUAAAAAAAAGAGCGAGAACCCCCUCUGAAAAAUGAAAUCAAAGAAAAUCAAUCAAAAAAGUUAAGAAAAUCCUCAUCCAUGAUUAAUUUGAAUGAAUAAGAGGCUAAAUCAUUUUCUUGCAGUCCUAAAAAACUUGAAAAUUCACAAUCCAAAAAACAAUCCGAUCUCAUAAAUAUAACUAAGUAAGUUGAACCAUUAAUUAAUGAAGUCAGAAAAGCAAUAAAAAGGAAUGAAAAAUAAACUGAAUUUUCAGUUUAGCCACAAUAGACUGUAAUCAAUUUCUUAGUUCAAGGAUCAGGGGAAUAACAGAAAAUUUAAACAAUAAAUAAUAGCUCAUUACAAAAGAAGGAAGUUUCUGAAGAUGUUAAGCAAACUGAAGUAUAAGAAAGACAUAUUAAUAAUUUUUCAGAGACUCCUUUGUUGGGAUUUGGAAAGAACAGCAAUGGUCCACAAGGUUAAACAAUUCCUUAUAAUAUCAAUGUGCAAUCGUCUUUAUUUGCGCCUAAUGAUUCAAAGGACUAGGAUCUAUAAAAAUCAUCUAAUCAAUGUUCAGGUUAGAAUUUAUUUUAAAAUUAAUUCACUUCCAACCAAAAUAAGUCACAGCCUCUAAAUUCCUUUUUAAAUGAUAAUAAAGAGACUUUAGAUCAACCAAAAAAGAUUGAAGAAAGUAAAUAAACUUAUAAUAUUUUCAAUAAUACUUAAGAAAGUUAAAAUGAUUAGUUACCCCUUAAAAAAUAGCUUUUUGAAAGCUUAACUUAUCAAUCCUAAUCUACUUAAGGAGAACAGAAAGAAGAAAGCAAAUAGAAUCAGCCUGAUGAUAGCAAUUAAAAGCCUGAAAUUGAAAAUACUUAGCCUAAUUCUAUUGCCUUAAAUUUUUAAUUGAAAUCAUCAUCUGAUAAUAAAUAAGACUUUUAAUUUAACCUCAAUAGUUAACUAAAUUAAGUAAGUCAAUAAACUCCUUUUCAAAUUUUAUAAUAGCAGCCACCAAAAAAUGAGAACAAUAAAACUGAUAUUUUUACUACUGAUCUAUUAAUUAACAAAGUGGCUACUCCAGUUAAACAAAUAAGCAAUCCCUUUCUAUAAUAAUCAUCUAAAAUCGAUUAAGAAUAAAUAAUCUCCUAUUUUUCAAUUCAUUCAUAAUAAUAAAAUAAAAUCAAUUAGGACGAUCCUGCUAAAGCUUAGAUCCCCCAAUUUACAAAUGAACUAUUUAAUAAAUAAAAUACUGGCGCUUCUAUGUUUAAUCUUCCAAAUAGAAAUGCAUUUCAAGAAAGUGCGAAUAAUAAUAUGAAAAUGAAUAAUAAUGGUGUGAAUAACGAUAUGGAAAUCACAGAUACACUAUUAAUUUCAUAAUAAUUCUAACAUUAAUAAUAAUAGUCAUUGUAAACAUAAAACACUUUUGGAUCUUUUAAUUAAUCUCAACUUGGAACCAAUAAUUUCUUUCCAUAAAUGCAAUAGCAAAUUUCAAGUGGGUUUAACCCUGUUUAAUAUUUUUAAAAAAACCCCUAGUAAUAAAAUGAACAUUAAACUUAAUACUUUUAACUCCAUCAAACUAAUGGUAACAAUGUAUUUAUUAUUCUUAGGUAUAUUCACUUAGGAUCCCCCUAAGUAAACAAAUUAAUCAUAGAGUUUGAAUAACAGUUUUUCAAGCAGGAAUGGCAAUAAAAAAUAAAGAAUAGAUCAAUGA